ACAACCAAGUCAUCGUUAUAAGGCAUCGCCCUCUUUUGCCCACCCCCCCAGCACCAGGUGUGGCCACUAGCCUAUAUGAAGGCCCAAAAUUGUGUGUUCCUUUCUGCUCUGACAAUGGCAUGCCCAUUCGUGCGAGAUGUGGUGGAUGAAGAAGCACUUGUGCUGAGGAGAGCCUUCAGGCGAGAAAGGGUCUUCAGGGACCGGUUGGACCCACUGGCCUUCCCUGAUGACCAUCUAUAUGAAAGAUACAGGUUUUCUGCAGAUGGCAUCAGGUAUCUAUGCAGACUACUGGGUCCCAGGAUUAAGCACCGCACUGCACGGAGCCAUGCACUGAGUGUGGAGCAAAUGGUUUGUGUGGCCUUGCGCUUUUUUGCUAGUGGAGCCUUCCUGUACUCAGUGGGGGAUGCAGAACAGCUGAACAAGGCCACAAUUUGCUGCACAAUAAGGAGUGUGUGUCUGGCUAUCAAAGCAUUAGCAGAUGUCUUCAUCUCCUUCCCUGGCCACAGAAGACUCUGUGACAUCAAAGAGGAGUUCUAUAGGAUUGCAGGUUUCCCCAAUGUCAUUGGUGCAGUGGACUGCACACACAUAAGGAUAAAAGCCCCCUCAGGUGCCCAUGAGGCCGAUUUUGUGAAUAGGAAAUCCUUUCACAGCAUUAAUGUUCAGAUGGUCUGCAAUGCUGACUGUGUGAUCAGCAAUGUUGUGGCAAAAUGGCCUGGCUCAGUCCAUGACUCCAGAAUCUUUCGGGCCUCUGAAAUCUAUCAGUGCCUAUCACAAGGUGAAUUCUCUGGUGUGUUGCUGGGAGACAGGGGGUAUGGCUGCCAGCCUUUUCUCCUGACACCUUUCACAGACCCCCAGGAAGCACAGCAGGCCUACAACCAUGCCCAUGCCAGGACCAGGGCCAGAGUUGAAAUGACCUUUGGCCUCCUGAAGGCACGCUUUCACUGCCUUCACAAAUUAAGGGUCAGCCCUGUUAGGGCAUGUGAUAUUACUGUGGCUUGUGCUGUCCUCCACAAUGUGGCCUGCCUGAGGAAGGAGAGGGCCCCCAGAGUGCCACCAGCCAUGGACUGGGACAAUCCGGCAAUCUUCCCUGAUGACGACAGUGGUCGGCUGCUGAGGGACCAAUAUGUGUUGAAUUAUUUUAGUUAGUAUGUGUGCUUUCAAUUUUGGUUAAAUAUGUCCUGCGGUGGCAGAGGAAUUUGGGUUUUUUUGGGUUCGUUUUUUUACGAAUUUGGCCUCUUAUGAUGUUUGUGCGGUAUACUGUGUGUAAUACAAGGCUGCAGGGAGGCUACUGCAUCCAUUCAUUUGUCUGUUCAGUUGAUGUGUAUGGAUUUGUCCUGCAUUUAUUUUAGUGUGCAGACAUGCAGGGUGUGUUAUAUACAGACCUUUGAAUGUGUAUGUAUCAUUUUGUAUAAUAUGCUUGGAUUCUGUGCUUUCCAUCUUGUAGAGUCACUGUGACUUCAGUUUCGA